CACUCUAGCCAAGAUGAGAGCGAAGUGGAGAAAGAAGCGAGUUCGACGCCUGAAGCGCAAGAGAAGAAAGACGAGAGCCAGAAGCAAGUAAACGACUCGCACUACAAACCUCCAAUGAGUGCUCAACAUCCACUGCAACCUGUACAACAACCACCAGUCACGCGACCAUGA